CCUGAGUUUUAAUAACUAUAAAGAAUCAAGAUCUUUUAGUUCCCUUAUCGUAGAUACUAGAUUCCUAAAUUCUUUGUUGAUUAUUCAUUAUUCGUCAGUGAUUAAAAUAAUUAAUAAUAAUUGUCAACAAUUCAACAUUCAAGAUCAUUAAGUGAAAAAAUUUUAAAAAUUACACUUUUACAUGCGUAGCCAAGAAAUAUAUUUUUAAGUUUGUGUUAAUUACACAUAAUGUCAUUCCAUUUCGUUUACGCAUUUUAAAUUUAAUACGAAAAAUCUAAAUCGUCUAAAUAGAUACGAUGGCACAAAUUCCCGAAUGCCCGGAAAGUUUGAAGAAGAUUCAACAUCAUCUAAAAAUCGCUUUAGAACACGAUUCUAAAGAUCCAAUAAUCAGUUAUUGGUGUCGGUUAUAUGCUCUGCAAGCUGCUUUAACAUUAGACAAAUCAUCAAAAGAUGCUAAAUCGUUUUUAGUGUCUCUAAUGGAUUGGUUGGAGAAACAAAAAAAUAAUUUAAAAGAAAAUGACAUGAUCACAAAUGAGGCUGCUGCUCAAGCACACAUAGAAAAUUAUGCAAUAAAAUUGUUUAAUUUUGCAGAUGGAAUGGACCGUCAAGCAAAUUAUAAUAAGAAUAUAGUUAAAUUGUUUUUUACUGCUGGACUACUCAUGGACGUAUUAAGUGUAUUUGGGGAUAUUUCCGAAGAGAUCACAAAUACUCAAAGAUAUGCAAAAUGGAAGGCUACAUAUAUUCAUAAUUGCAUAAAAAAUGGCGAGACUCCUACACCUGGACCACCAGUUACAGAAAGUGGACAAAUUGGUUUCAACUUUCCGAAUCAAGGAGAAGACAUUCAGCAACCUACAGAUAAUUUUGUUCCUGUAACUCCUACUAAACAUACAUAUGAAGAUUAUCCUGCAUUAAGUCCUAAUGAAUAUCAAAAAAUACCAAACAUGCCCACAAUCAGUCAAACAGAAAUACAGCCAACUGUAUCAGAAAUACCAAUUGUACACAGAGAUGGAAUACAACUGUCACCGUCACAAAUUACUAAAGCACAGAAGUAUUGCAAAUUUGCUGCUAGUGCAUUAACCUACGAUGAUGUUUCUGAGUCCAUUGCAAAUUUGCAAAAAGCACUGAAAUUACUAACAACUGGCGAAGAUUCAUAGUUAUUAAUUACUAAUUAUUAUAAUAGUAUUCAUAAAAUGUAUACAUUGUUUUAAAUUAUUAUUUUUAUU